AUCCCAAAACAAGGCGCAACAUAAGUAUUAUCGAACCCAUUAAACUCUUCUCCAUAUUCCAAACUUCCCAACACUCGUUAUUUCCACUCUCUCUCUUUGUUCCAAACUGCAAAAUCUCUACUUGAAAUCAUGGCUGCUAUUUCCAAUUCGCUGACUUCUCCCCACCUAUCUUCUGGAUCUUCUCUGAAGCAAUCCCAACAAUGUCUCGGGCUUACAAACUUGUCACUCAAUUCAAACCGUGCCGGUAAAGUUCAACUUUCAAGCUCCAAGAGGUCCUUCGCUGUUCAAGCCUCAUAUAGUGAUGGUGGAAGAUCAAACAGUGGAAGCAUCUUUAUCAGUGGCUUUGUUUUGGGAGGACUUAUAGUUGGCACUCUGGGUUGUGUAUAUGCUCCUCAGAUCAGUAAGACACUCGCUGGAGCUGACCGAAAGGAAUUAAUGAGAAAGCUUCCCAAUUUCUUAUAUGAUGAAGAGAAAGAAGUGGAGAAAACACGAAAAAUACUGGCUGAGAAGAUUGCGCAGCUGAACUCAGCUAUUGAUGGUGUCUCUGGUCAGCUCCAAACCAAAGAGGACCCUGAUGAAGUACAUGUGAACGGAGAUGAAGUUGAAGCUGCCAUAUGAGAUUACACUGAUAGAUUUAGCCUUUUUUCUCCUCAAUAAUAAGGGUAGUAAUAAGGGUAGUUAUCUUCUUUCAAUUUGAGUGACCUUACUUUGGUGGAUGUAAUUGUACCUCUAAUAUUUGGGCAACAUUAAAUACCGUAUUUCUUUAAGCUGCAGUGUAGCCUAUAACAGAUGUCACAGAUCUGUCAUGAUAUAUAGGUAUGAAUAGUCUACUUUUUCCUUCUUUCUAGAAAAUUAAUUCUUAGCCCUAGUUAUAAAACAUUGAACAGGUGUGACUCGAGUGAAUUUGUGCUCAGUUCAAUGUCAGGCUCGCUGAAGAAUCG